AUGCCACUGGAUAACGGAGGUGCUGCACGUGGUUCACAGUAUCGCAACCACGAUUUCGCGACGUUUGGGCACUGCAAAACGAAAGCGGAUACGACCACUGAUCUGGGCGAAGAAUGCAUUGAUUUUUAUAAUAUUAAAAAGCCAACAUCAGCAUCAUCCGUCACACUGAAGCAAACCUCGACACCAUCACCGAGUUAUCCAUCAGCAAAUUCAUGGCCUGGAUUUGGAAGCCACUAUGCUCAUUGCGGCGAAGAUAUUCAGGUUCCUACUGUAGACUCUAUCAAGUCACCAUGUGCUGCUAAGUGCGAAUUACCUUUUCGACAGCAAAAACCAGGAAGGCGAAUAUAUGUAUUUUCAUCGAAGAUGGCAAAUGAUGCAGUUAUUGGCGUGCGUCAAAAAAAGUACGAGUCGAUUAUUGCCUGGCAUGAAGCGAAUUGCCGGCCGAGCACUUCCAAGUGCGAUUUCACAGACGAUUGCCAGGCGGCGCCCAUAUCGAAGAAAAAACGACGUAGUGUGGUUUUAACUCCCAAAUUUCAGCAAGACUAUCGGAAUGGAUCACCGAUGAGAUCAUGUGGUACACCUUCCGUAUGCAGCCCAUCAAGUACUAUGCUUCCAACACCUUCUCAGACAAGCGGAGAGUCAGGCGGUAACCCACCAAGUAAUCCCUCUGAAACACCUUCUGGUGAAUUACUAAAUCCUGAUGAUCAUACUGAUAUUGGCGACAAUCCAUUAAGAAAAAUGGAACGUAUGACGCAGGAUUCGCUUUUUGAGCCUCCUUCAAAAUUAUGCCGUACGUCUACUGACAAUAAUCAACCUGCAAGAAAAGAACAGGAUCGUAAUGCAAAGCUGGAAAAAAUGAGAACACUUGAACAACAAAUAAUGUAUGAUAAAGCUAAAACAGAAUGGGAUCGGAUGAUGCACGAGCAUGAAGCAAUCAAAAUGACCCGUAGCCAUAUGCCUCCUCUGAUACCACCUUGUUCUUCUCAAUCAUCAGUUCCAGCUCCUUAUCCAUGUACUUUUGCUAAUCAAAAUGGAGUGCUGAUGCAAGGGACAUGUCGACGGCCUAUGUAUCCACAACCGCUUCAACCGACAGAUCCACCAUCUUCAGUGUCCAAUAUUUCUAUAAACACUCCGAUGAUGGUGUCGUUGCCGCAAACUUCUGGGCCAAACAUGCCAAUGUCUCAGCCCUUAAGGCCAUCUCUUAAUCCAUCCACCUGUGGUAUGCAGUACUCACAAUGCGGCUUUAUGUGUUGUCCUUAUCCCCCUAGUACAUAUCCUCCUCCACAAGGUUAUUCUCAAAUAAAUGGUGCUGCACCAUCAUGCUUUCCUUCAAACUUUGUCUCCAACAAUGGAAAUGGAGCGCCACAACCCAGAGAUUACGGCACGUACCAACAUGGAAUUCGAACAGUAUGCUCGCCAGAAAAAAUGGAGUGUGAGAUGUGGAAUAGACAAAUACCGGCAGUAUCCGCUGACUUUAAUAAUACCUUUCCAAACCAAAAAGUGCAAUAUCACCCCAAUGGUGCAGUAGUGGACGAGAAAUUGUUGGAUGCGGUUGCUAGCACCAAUCCUAUGUUUGCUUAA